UUUCAAUUUCAAGUCUAUACGAGGGGUUAGAUCAACUAGUAAGUAUGGAGAUUCUCUUCUGUCUCAUUUCAUGCCUGCUGCUUUUCACAAAUCAUAAUGACCUCCACUGUUCAGCGGUGGCAACGCAGAAAUUGGAAUACCCAUAUCCUUUUAUGACAUUUGACGCUGAAAAGGCAGCUGCAAGAACAUAUGAUUACAUUGUGAUUGGAGGAGGCACAGCAGGGUGUCCUCUCGCUGCAACUCUGUCACAGCACUAUUCUGUUCUUUUAGUGGAAAGAGGAGAUUCCCCUUAUGGAAAUCCUGACACUGCAGACAAUAAAGGCGUAUUCAAGGCUUCGGGGGAUCCCAACGAGUUGCCUUAUGUCAUGCAAGGAUUUGUCUCAGAGGAGGGAGUGCAGUCGGUAAGGGGAAGAGUCCUGGGAGGUGGAUCAGCCAUUAACGCUGGUUUCUACAGCAGGGCAAGUUCAGAGUUCAUUCGAGAGAUGGAGUGGGAUGAGAAACUUGUGAAUGAGUCGUACGAAUGGGUGGAGAAGUUGAUGGCCUUCAAACCAGACAAGCUUUUCCGUUGGAAUUCUGCUGUGAAGGAUGCACUUUUGGAAGCUGGAGUGUUUCCUUACAAUGGGUAUACUGUGGGUCAUUUGGAGGGAACCAAGUUCAGUGCUUCGACCUUUGACAACGAGGGAAGGAGACACACAGCUGCAGAUCUUCUGCAAUAUGCAAAUCCAGAUAACAUUGUGGUUCUUCUGAAUGCUACAGCCACCAGAGUCCUCUUUGACUCGUCGUCAGGAAUAUUGAAGGCUAAUGGUGUUGAGUUGAUGACUAGCAUUGAUAAUCUCUUAUAUCAAGUAUUUAUCAACUAUUUGUCAAAAUGGAGUGAAGUAAUUUUAUCAACGGGAAGUAUAGGUAGCCCUCAACUUCUUUUAUUAAGUGGAAUUGGCCCAUUAGAACAACUUGAUGAAUUGAACAUUACUGUAUUGUUAGAUCUAAACUCGGUAGGGAAAAUGAUUCAAGAUCCCCCGUGUACAAGAAUCAUUUUGAAAUCCGCUAAGGCACUUGAAUUUGAAACACCACAAGUAGUGGGUAUAAUAGACAAUUCCCAUGUCUACAUUUGGGUUGGUAGCUAUUUUCGGCAACAAAACUCUAUAGAUGAUCAAUAUAUAGGAGCUAUCUUCAGCAAGGUGGCAUUUCCCUUAUCAAGGGGUGAGCUUCGACUUAGUAGCAAAAAUCCCAAAGAUAAUCCAUUUGUAAGAUAUAAUUACUUUUCUCAUCCAUUUGAUGUACAAGAAUGUAUUCUUGCUAUGAAGGUGUUAUCAAAUAUUACCAUGACAACUUCUAUCCAAGAAUUUGCAUUUAAUAGUGGAAUUCAAUUCAUAGGGUCCAAAUUGCCACAAAAUAUACUGGAUAAUGAUGCCUUGGAAAUUUUUUGCAAAGAUACCACAGGAACACUUUGGCAUUACCAUGGAGGGUGUGAAGUUAAUCAUGUGAUUGACAAAACAUUUCAAGUGAAAGGUGUUGAUGGUCUAAGGGUUGUGGAUAAUUCCAUUUUCAAGGAUAGCCCUGGGACAAAUCCACAAGCCACUAUCAUGAUGCUUGGAAGGUAUGCAGGAAUUCGUAUCCUUAAAGAGCGGAUGAACAUUUGUGAAUAUUAGACCAUUUUCAAAUAUUUUUAUAAUAAGAUGUCACAAACUUAUGUUGUUUAUUCGCUAUUGACAUCAAAUAGAAUGAUUUAAUUUCUAAAAAUUUACUUUUCAUAUAA